UCUCUCUAUCUCCAAAAAACCCACACGCCUGCCUCCGGCACCGGCAGCAGCAAUCCCUCGCUCCUGCCUCCUGCCACCCGCCGCCGAGCCCGGUCGAUCAGCCGGUUCGCUCCCCAGAACAGUAGAACCCUCUUGCCUGCCCCGGUGGCGCCGCCGACUCCGCCGAGCAUCGCAAGCCGCCGCGCCGCCGUGGCUUCUGGGAGAAAGCCGCCGCCGCCGCCGACUCGAAUUCCAGUUCGACCCGCCGGCUCCGCUGACAGAGAAGCAGUACUUCUUGAGUCCACAGUCGAGGACAGUUUGGAUGGAUCCAGUGAAAGUUUGUCGAAAAAUUAACAAGAUCAGAAUAAAAGGAUAUGAGGAUCUACAGCAGCAUAGGGAUGUACCUAGUUCAGCCAAGAAGAGGAAAAUCUCAGAUUUAGGUGCCACAUGGACCAACGAUGAGCUCAUGUGCUUCUAUAAAGCCUACCAUCGACAUGGAAAAGACUGGAAAAAGAUCAGUGCAGCGGUUGGUCAUAAAUCACCAGACGUGGUAAAAGUUCUCUACGCUUUGCAUCGGACUUUCUUAUCUCUUCCAAAGCAUCAAGCUACUUCCAUGGGAUUUAUUGCAUUAGUGGCUGGUCAUCGCAAUGUUUUGGAAUUACCCCCAAGUCAUAGAGGAAAUGGACAAACAAUUAGAGCAUCUGGGAAGGCAAAAAAACAUGGAAAAGCUACUCAGCAUAAAAUACAUGGAGUACCUCACCCUCAUGACUCCUAUGAUGCAUGGACAAUUCCUGGAUUUUCACCUUCCUUUAAGAAAAGAUAUUAUGGAGAACUGGCUAGGAACAGUCAAAGUCAUUCUGUUGGGAAUCGUACCCCUCGGAUACCGGUUAUAGUUCCUGCAGACAGGAAUGCUAGUGAUGACAGCACACCAGAACUUAAAAAUGCAACCAGUUCAACAAAAACGAAUAAUGAGAAGAUUGAUAAUGAUAGCGCUAAUUUUUCGAUGAAUGAAUGCUCUCAUGAUGGAAGAUCCGGAAUCAUGGAAGCAAUCAAAGGUGUUGAAUGCCAGUCUUUCUUGGAAUCCAAAGGAACUGGAGGCACUGAGGCAUGUCAGACUCCGCAACCUUUGAAAAAAAGAAGAAUGAACAAAACUAUGAACGGAGGCCGGACCAGUAAAGUUGGGCAUGAAACCAUGGUGGCGGUUAAAGAAGGGAAUAAACCUAUUGAAUUACUCAAAGAACAGCAUAUGUUCAGUGAGUUUAUUUCAGCAGAUGAUAUGUUCAUCUUAGACGUGCUCGAGAGUCUGGUGAAUGCGCCUGAUAAGAUGUCAAAACUCAAGAUCAAUAUUCCUUCAGGUGCACUUAGUGAAAGUGAUUUUUUAUUAUCGGAGAGGAAAGAUGAAGGACAUUCUCCUUUUGAUCUAUCUAAACAAGGGAAGUCAGUUGACGAAUGCAGUGCUUCCAAGACCAAGCAAAAGAAGCAUACCGAGUUAUUAAAUGCAGUGGUGCCUGCUGAAAAAAUAAAUGUUGUGCAUGCUAUUGAUAUCACUGAGGGUUCCUCAAAUUCUGGCUCUGUAAGAGGAAUAGGAUAUUUACCGGAAUCAACUGCAAAUAUUUCCUGUGAAGUGUACCCCAAUGUGCCAAGGGAAAUAAACCCUGAAAUAAGUAUGUCAAGAAGAAGAAAAAUGAAAAACACAAUGCAUAGCAAAAAAAUGUAUGUAUCAUGCAAUGAAGGUUCAGAUAAUGUACAGGCAAGAAAAUUGCUGCAUUGUUUGUCAUCUAAAUUGCUUCGCAGAUGGUGUACAUAUGAGUGGUUCUACAGCGCAGUUGACUUUCCUUGGUUUAUGGAUAAUGAUUUUGCGAAGUACUUAAAUCAUCCAUAUUUGAGGCAUAUUUCAAGGUUGGCUAGAUCUGAGUGGAGCAUAGUACGAAGCUAUCGUGGCAAGCCCCGGCGCUUUUCUGAUAAUUUUCUAGAGGUGGAAAGACAACAGCUUGAGGAUUAUCGCAAUGCAGUUAGGGCAUACUAUGGUCAACUAAGUGGUGGUUCACUAGAUUCUCUACCAGCAGACGUAGCUCAGCCAUUUUCAAUUGGCCAGGUGGUUAUCGUCCGUCACCCAUGUUCUAGGGAACUUUGUGAUGGUAAAGUGAUGGCGGUGGAACAGGAUUGUUGCAAGGUCCAGUUUGAUAACCCUGAACUUGGUGUUGAUCUAGUAAAGGACAUUGAUUGUAUGCCUGCAAAUUGGCUAGAUAAUCUUCCUGAUAAUGUCAGGAGCACAUUGGAUUCACAUGAUCUGCACAACAUACUGGAGAUGGAGCACGUUUCCGAGCUUACACCAAGUGGUAACAGAGAUCAUACCAUUAAUGAAGUUUCUAUACCCGAAUUGCCCAUUACUCUGGACAUUACAUCAGAUCAACAACUUGAGGCUGAAUACUCUGUAGAUAGUGAAAGGACACAAAAAGAAAGUACUUCUGAUGGGGUUGUACAAUCUAUAGAUUUCCUAAACCAUGAUGAUCAUUAUGAUCAACUAGAGUCGUACUGUUCUGCAUUCGUACAAAGCUUGCAAUCACAAGCCAGGGAGAUGGUAGACGAAGUCAUGCAGGCAACAUCCGGAGGUAACGAUUCUCAAGAUGAAGAGGCAGGCAGAGGGAAUCAAGCAACUACUUGUAUAAGCCCAGAUUUUGGGUCUGCUACUCGUGAUGCCCAGCUUCCAUCAAAACUGAUUACGAACUGCACUGCCACUGUUCUUGCAGUCAAGUGCCUUGCCGACUCGCGGCAUCCACCUGCAAACAUAGCAGGCAUCCUGGAGCGUUUGUUGGCGAUGCUACGCCCUAGUUGUUCAGAGAACCUCACGAUUUACAGAGACAUAGAGAAACAUAUCUCGCUCAUAACGAGCCAGACAAUUGCACUUGUACCCAGAACAUUGUAACAGCGGCACUGCAACAGCCUGACUACCCUGCCUACGAUGACC